AUCGCUAGGUGGCGGUAGUUGCACAUCAUUUAACAGACAAGAGAUUAAUUACGUCUUGAUAAAAAAAAAGAUUUCAAUAACAUUUUAAUCGAUUAAAUGAUGUUAGUUGUUAUUGUUUUCUUGUGAAGUCGGUAGGUAGUCUUUACAGUUGAAUGCAUGGGGUGACAUAAAGUACGUUUUCACUAGUUAGUAUCAUGUCGUGUUGUCAACAGGAGGAUAUGAGACCGUCAGGUUGGUGUUGGAGCACAAGCUGUGCUUGCGGUUGUUUGAGGGAGAGUGACCUGCCAGCAGAAGUUUACACUUUCUCUGAAUAGGAACAUUGAAUUUAUGUUUUGGAAGAAAGGGAAUUUUCACACCAUAAUAUUGCCAAAUUUAACAUAUGCCUUUCGUAUGUGUAAUUUAUAUGGAGUAAAUGGAAAUGGACCAGAAGCCAGACUUGGAAGCAACACUUCUGCAGCUUUUGCGAAUAAGCAAAUGAUCACCACUUGAAGUAACAAUAACGUUACUCCUCGCCGAAUGAUACUGACGUGUAUUUGCACAAGCUAACUUGCUAAAUGUAAAGUGGAGUAGCUAGGUGUUAAUAAAAUAUCCAGCCAGUUAGCUAGCUGCAAUGGAUAACUUUUCUAGACCUAGUGGAGAAAUUCAAAGAAAAAACCCACAGCAGGAUUUCGAGCUUAUUCAACGAGUUGGGAGCGGCACAUAUGGAGACGUAUACAAGGCUCGAAACAUCCAAACGGGAGAGCUUGCUGCUGUUAAGAUUAUUAAACUGGAGCCAGGGGAUGACUUCUCCAUCAUCCAGCAGGAGAUCUUCAUGGUGAAGGAAUGCAUGCAUCACAACAUAGUGGCCUACUUCGGGAGCUACCUCUGCCGUGACAAGCUGUGGAUCUGUAUGGAGUACUGUGGGGGAGGAUCUCUACAGGACAUAUAUCAUGUGACGGGUCCCCUAUCCGAGCUGCAGAUAGCCUACGUCUGCAGAGAGACCAUACAGGGUUUGGGAUAUCUACACUCCAGGGAAAAAAUGCACCGUGACAUCAAGGGUGCUAAUAUCCUCCUAACAGACAACGGGCAUGUGAAACUAGCUGAUUUUGGAGUAGCAGCCAAAAUAACAGCCACCAUUGCCAAGAGGAAGUCCUUCAUCGGGACUCCUUACUGGAUGGCACCAGAGGUAGCAGCGGUAGAGAAGAACGGAGGUUACAACCAGCUGUGUGACAUCUGGGCCGUGGGCAUCACCUCCAUAGAACUGGCCGAGCUGCAGCCUCCUAUGUUUGACCUGCACCCAAUGAGGGCCUUGUUUCUCAUGUCAAAGAGCAGCUUUCAGCCUCCCAAGCUAAAAGACAAAACAAAAUGGACCACAGCCUUCCAUAACUUUGUUAAAGUCUCGCUGACCAAGAACCCGAAGAAGAGACCGACAGCUGAGAAGCUGUUAACGCAUGUGUUUGUAGGUCAGACAGGGCUGACCAGGAAAGUAGCUGUGGAGCUGUUGGACAAGAUGAACAACCCUGAUAAUCACCAACACUUCUCUGAGGUGGACGACGAUGACCUGGAGCCUCUUUCAGCAGUGAGACACACCAUUCGUUCAACCAACAAACACUCCAGAGCAGAGAGAACUCGCUCAGAGAUAAACUUUGAUAAGGUGAAGUUUGAACCUCCGCUGAGGAAGGAAACGGAGGCUCACACUGAAAUGGACGUGACUAAACAGAGCGACUUCCCCUCUCCCUGGAGCCCUUUCGCAGAGGGAGGCAUCUCUACCAGGGGACAUAUGGCCCAUCUGGAGGAUGCCUUUGAAGACGUGGAGCUGUCGACCCUCAAGCAAGGAAUCCCACCUCCUCUACCUCCAAAGCCUCAUCUGAGCAGUUUGUCAGAUGAGCCAGAUUUGAGUGAUGAGAGGUGUCUGACAGUGAGGAGAUUUCCAGGCUCAGAGGGCAGCCCAGGUCCAGGCCUGUUCCCCCGGAGACUCAGCACCCCAGAGCAUGGCAACAAGGUGGAGCACUCUGGUCCGGACUACCUGUCAGCCAGCGGCAGUAGCCCCAAUCUGCUAUCUACGUCCACAGCCUCAGACCCUGAUCCUGAUGACGGUGUGAACGGAGACAAUCCCAGUACUCGUCCCAGCCGACCACAGAGGACGGAGAAGAAAGACUACCUUAAACCAGCCAUCAACGGCCUGCCGCCCACUCCUAAAGUCCUGAUGGGGGCCUGUUUCUCCAAGGUGUUUGAUGGCUGCCCACUGAAAAUCAACUGUGCCACGUCAUGGAUACACCCUGAUACCAAAGACCAGUACCUUAUAUUUGGGACAGAGGAUGGGAUCUAUACCCUUAACCUGAAUGAGCUGCAUGAAGCCACCAUGGAACAGCUGUUCCCCAGGAAGUGUACCUGGCUCUACAUCAUCAACAACAACCUGAUGUCUCUGUCAGGGAAGACCUUCCAGCUCCACUCGCAUAACCUGAUUGGUCUGUUUGAGCAGCUGAAGAAGCCUGGCCUGGCCUCUCAGUUCCACACACACCGCUUCCCAGACAAGAUGUUACCAAGGAGGUUUGCCUUGACAACGAAGAUCUCUGACACAAAGGGCUGUCACAAGUGUUGCAUUGUGAGGAACCCCUAUACGGGCCAUAAGUACCUGUGUGGAGCGCUGCAGUCUGGGAUAGUCCUGCUACAGUGGUAUGAACCCAUGCAGAGGUUCAUGCUUAUCAAGCACUUUGACUUCCCCCUGCCCAGCCCUCUGAAGGUGUUUGAGAUGUUGGUGGUUCCAGAGCAGGAGUACCCCAUGGUGUGUAUAGCGGUCAGCCAGGCCACGGAGCCAGGCCAGGUGGUUCGCUUUGAGACCAUCAACCUCAACUCCUGCUCUUCCUGGUUCACUGAGAUGGGAACAACUGGUCAAGCAGUGGACGCCAUCCACGUGACCCAGCUGGAGAGGGACACGGUGCUAGUGUGCCUGGACAAAAACCUCAAGAUUGUUAACCUCCAGGGAAGACUGAAGUCCAACAAGAAGCUAGCCUCAGAGCUCAGCUUUGACUUCACCAUUGGAUCCGUUGUGUGCCUUCAGGACAGUGUUCUGGCCUUCUGGAAGCACGGCAUGCAGGGAAAAAGCUUCAAGUCCAACGAGGUCACCCAGGAGAUUUCUGAUCCCAGCAGAGUCUUCCGCCUCCUAGGAUCUGACAGGGUGGUGGUUCUGGAGAGCCGGCCCACUGACAACCCCACAGCCCUCAGCAACCUCUACAUCCUGGCCGGACAUGAGAACAGUUACUAGCCCUGACCCCAGCCCGGUUACUGAGAACAGUUACUAGCCCUGACCCCAGCCCGGUUACUGAGAACAGUUACUAGCCCUGACCCCAGCCCAGUUACUGAGAACAGUUACUAGCCCUGACCCCAGCCCUGUUACUGAGAACAGUUACUAGCCCUGACCCUGUCCCUGUUACUGAGAACAGUUACUAGCCCUGACCCCAGCCCGGUUACUGAGAACAGUUACUAGCCCUGACCCCAGCCCGGUUACUGAGAACAGUUACUAGCCCUGACCCCAGCCCGGUUACUGAGAACAGUUACUAGCCCUGACCCCAGCCCUGUUACUGAGAACAGUUACUAGCCCUGACCCCAGCCCUGUUGCUGAGAACAGUUACUAGCCCUGACCCCGUUACUGAGAACUGUUACUAGCCCUGACCCCAGCCCUGUUGCUGAGAACAGUUACUAGCCCUGACCCCAGCCCUGUCCCUGUUACUGAGAACAGUUACUAGCCCUGACCCUGUUACUGAGAACAGUUACUAGCCCACAGUUGCUAAAGCUGUCUGGCCCAAAGACCGGUCCCCUGUUACUAGCCCUCUCUGGCUCAGCCUCUCUGAUCACCGGUAACCCUUCACUCAGCCUCUCUGAUCACCGGUAACCCUUCACUCAGCCUCUCUGAUCACCAGUAACCCUUCACUCAGCCUCUCUGAUCACCUCCUCUCAUCCAGCCCCGUUCACCACGCCCCGUUCAACACCUCCUCUCCUCCAGCCCCGUUCACCACCUCCUCUCCUCCAGCCCCGUUCACCACCUCCUCUCCUCCAGCCCCGUUCACCACCUCUCCAGCCCCGUUCACCACCUCUCCAGCCCCGUUCACCACCUCUCCAGCCCCGUUCACCACCUCUCCAGCCCCGUUCACCACCUCUCCAGCCCCGUUCACCACUUCUCCAGCCCCGUUCACCACCUCUCCAGCCCCGUUCACCACCUCUCCAGCCCCGUUCACCACUUCUCCAGCCCCGUUCACCACCUCUCCAGCCCCGUUCACCACUUCUCCAGCCCCGUUCACCACCUAGCCCGCCCCAUUCACCACCUAGCCCGCCCCGUUCACCACCUCUCCAGCCCCAUUCACCACCUAGCCCGCCCCAUUCACCACUUCUCCAGCCCCAUUCACCACCUAGCCCGCCCCAUUCACCACCUAGCCCGCCCCAUUCACCACUUCUCCAGCCCCGUUCACCACCUAGCCCGCCCCAUUCACCACUUCUCCAGCCCCGUUCACCACCUAGCCCGCCCCAUUCACCACCUAGCCCGCCCCGUUCACCACUUCUCCAGCCCCAUUCACCACCUAGCCCGCCCCAUUCACCACCUAGCCCGCCCCAUUCACCACCUAGCCCGCCCCGUUCACCACCACCUCUCCAGCCCCGUUCACCACCUCUCCAGCCCUGAGUCCUCUGCUCACAAUGGGCUAAAAACCGAUCGACUGGUAGAGCAGAAUGUAGGCAGGAAAGGUUCAGACCAAUGGACAGUCUUACUCUGGAGCUUCCACUUCCUCUCUCAACCUGUUACAUAUCAGCUGAAAUACUGCAAUAUGACAAGACAAUGUCUAGAGGUGUUACUAAUAAAUCAGAUAUUUAGGUCUGGUAGCAAAUGGGAGCGUUGUAUCAAACAGUCCUUUUUUUUUUUUUUUUACAAUCAGCUGACUGUCGCAAGCAGCUGACUGUCACAGGUCUGGUUGCCGACUAGCUCUGGUCUAAGACGAUAGUGCGGCUUGCUAACGCUGAGCCUUAACUAGCGGUUGAUUUCCAGCUCUAGUUUGAACUAAUAUAGAAUGGUUCACAAGGAAAAUAAUUUCAACUUUUAUUUAUUCAUCUCGAAGCAAUAUUCGGGUAUGUUGGAUUUACUAGCCGUGAGGGAUAGUUCAGUUUUGAUGUUAUUUUCAAUUCACUUGAGGUCGUUGUCGUUUCAUCCGGAGGUUUUGACAGUUGGUCAAUCUGCCUUGCAUCGUUGAGUUCUUUUACUUAAUCAGACAUCUGAUGUCAUCUCCGUCCCAAAUGGAACACUUCCCUGGGGCUCUGGUCAAAUCCUAUCUAGGGUUCGGAGGUCAUCACAACUAAUGUUUUGGUUACAGUCAAGUGAUUCAAUGUCAGGAAUGGCUACGGUUUCAUCAACCAUGAAACCAACCAGGUUAUAGAGGAAAUUAACCCAAGGAUGCUAGCCAGGUUUAAAGGGGUUUUUCAUGGCAUGAUGUCACUGUCAGACUGAUGUUAAUAGCAGACACAUUAUAAAAACUUUUAAGAUGACACAAGAUAAAGGUUGACAUUUGAAGUUGAAAAUAAGAGAACUUUGAAAGCGUGAACUGUCCCCUUUAAGCAGAGAGAGACAGGGUGAACUGUCCCCUUUAAGCAGAGAGAGACGGGGUGAACUGUCCCCUUUAAGCAGAGAGAGACAGGGUGAACUGUCCCCUUUAAGCAGAGAGAGACGGGGUGAACUGUCCCCUUUAAGCAGAGAGAGACGGGGUGAACUGUCCCCUUUAAGCAGAGAGAGACGGGGUGAACUGUCCCCUUUAAGCAGAGAGAGACGGGGUGAACUGUCCCCUUUAAGCAGAGAGAGACGGGGUGAACUGUCCCCUUUAAGCAGAGAGAGACGGGGUGAACUGUCCCCUUUAAGCAGAGAGAGACGGGGUGAACUGUCCCCUUUAAGCAGAGAGAGACGGGGUGAACUGUCCCCUUUAAGCAGAGAGAGACGGGGUGAACUGUCCCCUUUAAGCAGAGAGAGACGGGGUGAACUGUCCCCUUUAAGCAGAGAGAGACGGGGUGAACUGUCCCCUUUAAGCAGAGAGAGACGGGGUGAACUGUUCCCUUUAAGCAGAGAGAGACGGGGUGGACUGUCCCCUUUAAGCAGAGAGAGACGGGGUGAACUGUCCCCUUUAAGCAGAGAGAGACGGGGUGAACUGUCCCCUUUAAGCAGAGAGAGACGGGGUGAACUGUCCCCUUUAAGCAGAGAGAGACGGGGUGAACUGUCCCCUUUAAGCAGAGAGAGACGGGGUGAACUGUCCCCUUUAAGCAGAGCGAGACGGGGUGAACUGUCCCCUUUAAGCAGAGCGAGACACUGUUGCUGUAGUCAUGCUGACAGUGGGAUCCAGCUCAGCCAGGCCAGGGAUGACCUUAGCCUGGGUGCCGGUUGGGUUUUUGCUCUCUUGCCAACUCUUUAUGGGAUUGUCAUGCUUGGAGUUGGCAAGAGAGCAGAAACAGACUGGCAUCCAGGCUAGGCUGAACUACCUUCUCUAUCCAGAGGUUGCUAUGCAGCUUUGUGUUACUGAUAUGCAAUGAAGUGUGUGUCUGAAAUGGCACCCUAUUCCCUAUAUGGUGCACGCCCCCUGGUCAAAAGUAGUGCACUAAAUAGGGAAUAGGGUGCCAUUUGGUCACACUCUCAUAGUCCUCUCUCUCUCCCGCUUGGUUGCAUUUUAGAAAGUAGACUAUAGUGUAAAAUGUAGGGGGGGUUUUCCUUCAUUUGUUAUUUUUUACUACUUGUAUUCAAUAUUUGCACCAUGUAAGCACUUUUGUACAUUUUCUGUUUUUAAUUUAAAUGACAAAAAAGGGAAAUGCUUUCGUUUUCGUAACAUUAUUGGCAUUCCCUUUGCAAAACUUUUAAUGUAUGUAGUUUUUGUAAUAAAGAAAGCUAUUGUUAACAAUA